GAUUAGAUCAUCCUCGCUCAUUGGCACUGGGUUUGGGUUUGGGCUGCUGCUCCCCCUUCGAUGAUGGAUCACCCUAUGAAGAUGGGGAUGGAGGGAUUCUACGUCAACGGUUUCCGUUUCACCUGUCCAAUCUUCCCGAGUCCCAGGCCCCCUUUCAUCCUGAAAACACUUUCACGGUGGAUCCUGCAGUCUGCCUUGUCAGAUACUGGCCGAUCAACCGCGGCGACAGGGACCGACCCUCAGGACCGACCUCUGUAUCGCUUGCUUGCCAAUGGGGGAGCAUCAUGCGGGAGGCUAUUAUUAUUCCCUCCGUACCAAGGGGGAAACCUCCCUGCUGGGUAUCUAGGCAGUCUCCAAUGGGGGCAAUCUCUAAUAAAUAGGCGUAGAGAGAAGGCACUUUCUGGUCAUCGUAGGAUUGGAGGAUCUCAGGCGAUUCGACCGCACGUGCCGGGGAGAAUCAGGCAUCCAGGCGCCGUCGUCGGACUUCGACUUUCUCUUCAUCUCAUCAACAGCUGCUGCAUCAUUUCUCCCUCUCUUCAUCGUCCCUUUUCUUCUCACCCCCCUCACUUCCAGUCAUAUCUGCAUUCUCGUCCUCUCUGGCUAGCGGCUGAGGAUCGACCUCCCCGGCAUAUUCCCCGGCGCUUCUGGCGCCCGAGAAUGUGAAACGAUCCCCCCCUCCAGACCGACCGCUGAUGCUUGCGCCACGAGGCUGAAUUGCAAGGCCGUCUCUUCUGUUGCUGCUUGCUGCUUUCUGCUCUCGCUCUUCCCCUCAGCUUCCCCCCCCCCCCCUACCUUUCCCUUACCCGGUUGCUCGUGUUCGCCUUCUUGCACGCGAAUGACAGUUCGAGUUCCGAUUUAGUCACCAUUGCGUACCUGAA